AUGGCCACUGCACUCCAGACGGGUGGAUUCGUCCUGGGCCUGCUCGGCGCGGCUGCCAUCAUCGCCGCCACGGGGAUGAACAACUGGAGCGUCAAGGACCGUCAGGGGGACGUGGUGACCUCGGUGUACACCUAUAAGGGCCUGUGGCAGAACUGUGAGGUGGGCACCUCAGGCUUCACUGAGUGCCGGCCCCUCUACGGCCUCCUGGGCUUCUCAGGUACCUUUCAGACAGUGAGAGCACUGAUGAUUGUGGGCAUUGUUCUGGGUGUAAUAGGGGCCAUGAUAGCCCUGUUCUCCCUCAAGUGCCUUAAAAUGGGCAGCAUGGAAGAUUCCUCCAAAGCCAAGAUGACCCUUACAGCGGGGGUCAUGUUCAUCAUUGCAGGCAUUUGUGCUAUUGCUGGAGCUUCUAUCUAUGCUCACCAAAUCGUGGCUAGUUUCAUGAUGACCACCUACAACCCCAAUUAUGGAGGAGGGAUGGGACAGGGCAUGGAGAUGGGAGGAGGAAAUAUGAUGCCGAGGUACACGUUUGGCCCCGCCCUCUUUGUUGCCUGGAUAGGCGCAGCUUUGCUCUUAUUGGGCGGGAUUCUGAAGUGUGUUGCCUUCAGGGGACUACAACCGGACAAGUCAACCUACACAGGAGUUGCUUACAAAGCCCCCCAAGCCCAGAACAGGCCCGUCUAUGAUGACCACCAUGCAGAGGAUGGGAAGAGAGACAACCAAAAAUAUGUAUAAUUUGUGUUAUAUUCUGCAUCAAUACAUUUGAUUCUGCAUUAAGAAGCAUGUAUUUAAAUGUUGCUUUGGAAUAUAGUGCUCAAUUUUCAUAUACGCUUCCUAGAUUCGUUUGAAGAGUUUCAAUAAAUUUUACUGCAUGUUAUUUAAAAAUGUGUAUUCUGUUGUGGUUGAUAGUG